AUGUCUGCUUCUGGUAAACUUUAUACCCCUCCGGACUAUCACAAGGCUCUCAGAGCUCAAUUGGCCGCUGCGUACAGUGGUGUUCCCCUAGAGCUCGUUGAGUAUUGUCCCGGAAUAUCAUCUCUGCCCGACGAAGCGAAAUCCUGCCCUGCUGAGGCUGCUCCCGUAUUCCACGCCAGGGAUGGUGUAACUUUGUUCGAUGCUAACGCGAUUGCGUAUUUUCUGGGCAAUAAGCAACUUCGGGGUGGCGAACAUGAGUACUAUGUUACCCAAUGGGCCAACUUUACUGACCACAUUUUGAUGCCUUCAAUUGCUGCUUGGCUAUAUCCCAUCAUUGGGGCAACCAACUACAAUAUGAACCAGGUUAACAAGGGUCAGGAAAAUGUCAAAAAGGCGCUCACAUUCUUGAACGACUUUCUUGCCUCAAAAACCUACUUUGUUGGCGAACACAUCACACAGGCUGACUUGACCGUCUUUUCGGCUCUGAGGCUGCUCUUCGAGAAACUUCUUGAUGAGGCUGGUCGUGAGCCCUAUCCUCAUCUUGUCCGUUGGUAUACCACUAUUGCCAAUCAACCGGAGGUUAUGGCGGUUGUCGGAGAGAUGAAACUUUGCGAUAAACCGGUCGUAUUUGACCCUAAGAAUGCUCCUAAACAUGAGAAGCAGAAGAAAGUUAAGAAUCAGGAGAAACAACAAGAGAAGAAACAACGGCCAAAGAAGGAGGCACCGAAAGUGUCCGAAAGUGAUUUAGAGGAAGAGGAGGAGAAACCUGCUCCCGAGUCCCGUAGUAACCCGCUUGUACAGCUUCCUGCUGGGACCUUUAAUUAUAACGAUUUUAAGAAGGUCUUCAGUAAUGAAGACUGCAUGACGGCGACGAUUCCUUUCUUCUGGAAAACAUUUGAUCCCACUACCGAUUCUAUUUGGUACUGCGAAUACAACUAUCCCGAAGAGCUUAAACUCACCUUUAUGUCCGCUAACCUUCUCAGGGGAAUGUUUCAACGACUGGAGAAAAUGCAAAGAUUUAGCUUCGCCAUAAUGCACGUCUAUGGUGAGAAUAACAAUAGUACAAUCGGUGGAAUCUGGGUUUGGCGUGGAACUGGUUUGAUUUUCGAUCUCAGUCCUGAUCUACAAACUGACUACGAGUCGUACACUUGGACCAAGCUUGAUCCCGACUGCCCCGAUACCAAAGCGAAGAUUGCCGACUUCUUUGCGCUUGGGGAUGUGUGUGAUGGGAAGACCGUUGCCGAAACCUGUGUUUUCAAGUGA